UGAUAAAUGUUUAUGUGAAAAUUACAGAUUGUUCGGUGCACACACGGUGGUGACAUUUGUCACGCACUUGUAAAGUGCUUUUUAAUUCAUUUUAUCGAUUGUCGUCUGUCUAGUGCAGGUGAAACAUGAGUACGGCACGACCGUAAUCGAUGGCAACCUUCAAAAACCGUUUCCAAUAUGAAACGAUUCCGUUUUUACUUGGCAACGGCUUUGCUUCCACAUUUUCCGAAAAAAAAAAAAACAACCAAGUGGGAGAGACAAACCACUAAUAAAUACAAUAAAUUACUGCGGCAAUGCAACCGAUUUCAAAAGAAACAUAUAAAAAGAUCGGACGGUCAACUGUUUGGUAUCACUCGCUUCAAGUCAUCUCAUCGGCUUAGUUCGAUCCAAUAAUCCACUCAGGGUAACAUCCAACAUGAAGGCGUUUGUAGUGCUGUCCAUGGCUUUGGCCAUCGCCUCCAGCGCGGCAGUUGACGAUUCCGCCAAGAAGGAGAAGCGCGGACUCUGGGAACUGGGUUACGGUCACGACAACCUGGACCUAAACAACCACUACAACCAUCACCAUCUGGAUUUCGACCACCACCACAAAGAAGUCAACCACGUUUCGACCACCAUCACCAAGAAGGUCCCAGUCCCAUACCCAGUCGAGGUCGAGAAGCACGUCCCCGUAGAAGUGAAGGUCCCCUACCCAGUGCACGUCGAGAAGAAGGUUCCGGUCUACGUCGAAAAGAAAGUCCCAGUGGUCGUUGAAAAGAAGGUCCCAUACCCCGUUGAUCGCCCAGUUCCCUACCCAGUUGAGGUCAAGGUCCCAGUCGUCCACAAGGAAUACGUCGAAGUGCCCAAGCCGUACGCAGUUCAUGUUGAGAAGCCCGUUCCCGUGAUCGUCCAGAAGCCUGUGUACGUCGAGAAGCAUGUGCCAGUGACCGUGCACGUCAAGGAGCACCACCACAAGAACAAGCACUGGGGACUGUUCUAAGCGGUCUGUGAUCCUUUGACGUAGGAAUGAGAGAGAUGGAUGAAUAAAUGAGCAUGUUGUUGAAUGAAA